AUGGUUGUCUCCACCGUCUUGAAUCCUGAGCAAAUCGAAGCAUCGCAAGCAUGGGUUUAUCGAUUUUAUCGAUUGUUCGAUUCAUUAGAAGUCGAUCAAUGGAUUGAGGAGUUUUACAAUCCAGAUUCAGUAGUUCAUUUCGGCAAUUUUCCACCUAUGGAAGGUGCUGAGGUGUUGCGUGCUCAUUUCAAAAGACAAAACGCACAGUUGUUGUCGAUGCGACACGAUUUAAAGCAUAUCGACGUUUUCCCCGAUCGUAUCUAUGUUCAAAACGAAGCAACGUUUGUUGUUAAAAACGAUCCCGAACGAAAGGAAAUCAAAUUUCCAGCAGUGUGUCUGUUCUGGAAGAAUAUCAAUGAGAAGAAAUCUUCAACAAUCGACGUCUAUCUUGAUCCAUCACCGCUCUUGGAACGACUUCACAUGUUUUCAUCUCAAGACAGAGUCGAAUAA